CGUAGAACCCUAUUGUCCCCCAUCAAAAUCCUCGCCCUAACAUUCAAAUCUUGUUUCUUCUCAGCCAUGGCGUCGCGCUUUAGAUCUGUCUCAAAGCCAACAUUCUCUAUCCUGAAAUCGACUAUAAACAAGCCAAACCUUAAACCCAGUCCCGCCUCUCAUCUAUUCUCUGUUCAUCCCUCGCCUCCCACAUUUUCAAGGCCCGUUUCUCAGUUGGGUUGUCUUCAAUCUCUGCUGCCUCUCCACUCAGCGGUGUCUUCAGCUCGGCUCACCUCGUGUCUAGGAACCGAUUCAAUGUGCUCGAGGUCGUUGUCUCAGGGUAUGCUUUGCAGUGCGAAUCCAGGAGUUUGAUAAUCUAGAAAAUGUUUGUAAAUUUGUUUCCCCAAUCAACCUUUUUUUUCUCGAACUCUAUGGUUAAUUAACUAAGAAACGUUGUUUGUUUGUGUUGUCUUACCUCAUGGCACCAUAAUAUUCAUCUCCAAUCACUUGUCAAUCUAAAGAUACCAAUUUGAAAACACUUA